AUGCAAGAACCCUGGGUAAUCCGGGGUUGCAUCAGGGGCUUGGCGGCCUGCGGUAGGCUCUUUAGGGCCCCAUCAGUGGAUCGGCCUAGGGCCUGCGUGGCCGUCAAGGGUAUGGAAGCCCAACUAAUACCUCACCUGUGUUCCAGGGACGUUGCGGCUGUAGAAGUGGAUUUCACUGAUGACUCCGGUGACAGAAAGAAAGUGGUUAUUUGCUCGGCCUACUUCUCUCGUGACGAGGGGGAGGCGGUGCCGCCUGCACCGGUGAUAAAACUGGCAGAAUACUGCCAGGAGAAACGGUUUCCUCUGAUCAUGGGAUGUGACGCUAACGCGCAUCACACUGUGUGGGGAAACUCGGACACCAACGAAAGAGGAAGAAAAGUGUUGGAGUUCUUAGCAUCUACGGAUCUGGAGAUUCUCAACACAGGAGACGAGCCCACCUUCUGCACUAUAGCGAGAAGAGAAGUGCUCGACAUCACUGUCUGUUCCAAGCAGUUGAUACAAGAGGUAGUGGAGUGGAGGGUCUCGACGGAGCCCUCGCUCUCAGACCAUAGGCAGAUCACCUUCAGGAUAGCUAAGGCUAGGGGGAAGGAGGUCAAAUUCAGGAACCCAAAGAAAACCAAGUGGGACUCCUAUAGGGAAGACCUAGCCAGCAGUCUCAGAGGCUUCCCUAAGAGGCACGGGACAGAGGACGAACUGGAGACCUAUGUGGACUACUUGCAGAGGUCUCUGGUAAACUGCUACGAAAGUAAGAAUUGCCCCGAAAGGGCGGUUACAAAUAGUAGAGGAACUUCCUGGUGGACCCCUGGACUGCAGGGUCUCAGAGUGGCGGCUCGUAGGGCCUGGAACAGAGCUAGGAACACGGGCCGCCAAUCCGACUGGGAGCUCUCUAGCAGGGCACAGAAGGAAUAUAGAGACUCUGUGGAACCGGAUGCGACUCUGGAAGCCAUCGCACUCCCUGAUGGGACGGUGGUGACUGGAGAGCGAUGUCUGGAGCAUCUACUGGAAGUGAGCUUUCCGGGCUUCCAUAGGGAGCCGGGAGAGCUAUUUGCAUAUAAGGAGCUGGGCUCACUCAGAAGAGCCCGACAAGCGGACUGGCGAAUGGCGGCCAAGAUUGUCAUGCCCGAGAAAGUCAAGUGGGUAAUUAACACCUUUAAGCCCUACAAGUCAGCGGGACCGGAUGGCGUCUUUCCGGCUCUUCUACAAAAGGGACUGGAACAGAUCGUGGGCCCACUGACUCGAACCUUAAGGGCUUGUAUCGCGAUGGGCUACACACCCAGCGCAUGGAAACUGGCCAAGGUAGUUUUCAUCCCGAAAACGGGAAGAACGAGCUACACCAAGGCAAAGGAUUUCAGGCCAAUUAGCCUAACAUCGUUUCUCCUUAAGACAUUGGAGAAGCUGGUGCACGCGUAUUUGAGGGAGACAACUCUGUGGAGGCACCCUCUCCACAAAAAUCAGCACGCGUAUCGUUCGGGCUAUUCCACCGAGACUGCUCUACAUCAGACGGUAGCGUUUAUUGAGGAGCAGCUGGAAAGGAAAGGCUAUGCAGUGGGUGCUUUCUUGGACAUAGAGGGCGCCUUUAACAACACCGCACGAGGUAGUGUGUGGGAAAGCCGCCAGAAGAAGUGUCCCGAUAAAGCUCGUCGAGUGGAUCCGGGGCAUGCUAGGGAGGAGUGUGGUGACUUCGCUGGGAACUGCAAAAGUCUGUGGGUGGGUGGGAAGAGGCUGCCCGCAGGGUGGAGUACUUUCCCCACUUUUAUGGUGCCUGAGACGCUUCUAGAGCUCAUGCAGGGGGCACUAGAAGUGGUAGAAGAGUGGUGUCAGAGGACGGGUUUGGCGGUGAAUCCACUAAAAACCGGUCUUACUAUCUUCACUCGCAAAUACAAGGUGGGCACCAUUGUGGGACCCACUCUUGGAGGAGUAAGUUAUGCCACGGUAUUCCAAGCGGAGAUUGUGGCUAUCCUAAGCUGUGCUCAGACCGUACGGAGUAAGGUAGAAGCGGGAGAGCACAUCAGAAUUUGUACGGACAGCCAGGCAGCCAUCAAAGCGCUGGGGGCUCCGACAAUAACGUCACGGUUGGUUCAGGAGUGCAGAGACGUUCUGAACGAAUUGGCGAGAGAGAGAGAAGUCACCGUUACAUGGGUGCCUGGUCACUUAGGCAUCCAGGGUAAUGAAUGUGUGGACCAGCUGGCAAAAGCGGGUUCAGAGACAACGAUGGUAGGACCGGGGCCGGCUCUGGGAAUCCCCUUUUGUCUAGGAAGGGGGAGGAUCAAAGAAUGGCUCCGAAGAGAACAUCUAAGACACUGGAGAGUGGAAUCUGAGUCCAAAUGCAGACAGGCUAGAGCUCUAAUGGGAGAUACUCCUAAUAGGGAACUGGUUUGGAGCAUUAGGGCUUUGAGUAGGAGAGAUGCCAGGACAGCGGUACACAUACUGAUGGGUCAUGGCACCUUAAACUACCACAUGUACAAGCUUGGGCGUAGCGAUACAUCCAGGUGCAGGGCAUGUGGAGACGACGAGGAAACAAGCCUUCACGUACUCAGCGACUGUCCUGCACAUGCAGGGUUGAGACACAGGAUGCUGGGCUCAGCACUACUUGGGCCCGAGCAGAUCAGGGAGCUGCUGGUGAGGGAUCUGGAGGGAUCUGGAUUCUCUUUUGGAGAAAAACAGGUCUCUCAUGA